AUGAAGGCCACAAACAACACUGCCACAGUAAACUCUACAUAUAUACCCGUGCCAGACUCGCCAAAGCCAGACCCACCACAACUUCUUGGCUCGCACCUUCAUGGGGUACGUCCACCGUCAUUCAUCCGCGCAGUGCUUUUGCUGACGCGCGGAUCCGCUAGUAUUUUCGUCAGCAUCGUCCAGGCCGUCGUAACCGGCAUCGUAGAUGUUGUCAAAGCUAUCCAGGGGGUAAUUCUAUUCAUAUUGCUCUCUCCUCUUUUCCUCGUCAUUGCCAUCGGCACAGGGGUUGCAAUAUGCUUCGGCUUCCGACACGCAGGGAAAAUGUGGAAAAAGACGGAUCCCUUCCGAGACUGAGUUGAUUGUGGCCACUUCUCUGGACCCGAAUGCGCUGCCAUGGACACUUUAAUUAUGCUUAUGCUAUGUCUAUGAUACGUCCUUGUCCUAUAUGCAUGCAUCCAAUAUCCUGUCUGGAUAUCAAUAUGAGAAUGGAGUCGUGUGUUCAGUGUUGGUC